AGUCCCUCAAGAGAACUUAGCAUUUCCUUGAUCCGUAAGCAAAAGAACACAGUCAAAAGAUGGUUGCACCUCUGUCAGCUUGGCCGUGGGAGAACUUGGGGGUUUUCAAGUACUUGCUAUGUGGUCCUUUAGUGGCGAAAGUUCUCCAUUCAUGGAUCUAUGAGGGUACCAUUAAGGAUCUCUGGUGUCUCCACAUACUCCUUAUCUGUGCUUUGAGAGGAUUAAUCCAUCAGCUAUGGAGUUCUUACAGUAACAUGCUUUUCCUAACUCGGAAUCGUCGGAUUAUUCAGCAAGGAGUUGAUUUCAAGCAGAUUGACAGAGAAUGGGACUGGGACAAUUUCAUAAUCCUUCAAGCUCUGUUAGCUUCCGUGGCCUGCUUGAUCUUCCCAUCCUUGGAUGACCUUCCUCUAUGGAACUUAAAAGGGUUACCUUUACUGAUACUACAUGUUACCGUAUCGGAGCCCUUGUAUUAUUGGGCACAUAGGUUUCUUCAUGGAAGCUACCUUUUCACCCAUUAUCAUUCACUUCAUCAUUCAUCUCCUGUUCCCCAUCCUUUUACUGCUGGUCAUGCAACGUUCUUAGAGCACCUUAUACUAUGUAUCGUGAUCGGAAUCCCGACAGCGGGAUCGAUUCUGAUGGGGUAUGGAUCGAUAACGAUGAUCUACGGCUACGUUUCAAUGUUUGAUUUUCUGAGAUGCUUGGGGCAUUCCAAUGUUGAAUUUGUUCCACAUGAAAUGUUCAACAAGUUACCUCUCCUCAGAUACUUACUCUAUACCCCAACGUACCAUAGCUUGCACCACACCGAGAUGGGGACCAACUUUUGUCUCUUCAUGCCAUUGUUUGAUGCUAUGGGGAAUACACUUAACCGCAACUCAUGGCAGCUACACAAGAGAAUCAGUUCGGAUUCAGCAAAGAAUGGGAGGGUACCGGAUUUCGUGUUCCUAGCACACGGCGUCGACAUAACAUCGUCGAUGCAUGCCCCGUUCGUUUUCCGAUCAUUCUCGUCCUUACCGUUCACAACGAGGAUCGUUCUAUUGCCUCUUUGGCCUCUAGCAUUUGUGAUCAUGCUAGCGAUGUGGGGUUGGUCUAAGGGCUUCCUCGUCUCCUUCUACAAUCUUAGAGGCUAUUUGCACCAGACUUGGGCAGUUCCUAGAGUCGGCUUUCAGUAUUUCUUGCCAUUUGCAAAGGAAGGUAUCAACAAGCACAUAGAGGAGGCCAUUCUAAGGGCUGAUAGGAUAGGGGUGAAGGUUAUCAGCCUUGCUGCAUUAAAUAAGAAUGAAGCUCUUAAUGGAGGAGGAACACUCUUCGUCGAAAAGCAUCCGGAGCUUAAAGUGAGAGUUGUCCAUGGCAAUACCUUAACGGCUGCUGUUAUUCUGAACGAAAUUCCCAAAGAUGUGAAGGAAGUGUUUUUAACAGGAGCCACUUCCAAGCUCGGCAGAGCCAUUGCCCUUUACCUUUGUCGUCGGCGAGUGCGCGUUCUCAUGUUGACAAUGUCAACCGAAAGGUUCCAGAAAAUACAAAGAGAAGCCCCUGUGGAUUGCCAAAGCUACCUUGUCCAGGUGACAAAAUACCAGGCUGCUCAGAAUUGCAAGACAUGGAUCGUGGGCAAGUGGAUAACUCCGAGGGAACAAAGCUGGGCUCCAUCGGGUACGCAUUUUCAUCAAUUUGUGGUGCCACCCAUUUUGGCAUUCAGAAGAAACUGCACCUACGGUGACCUGGCUGCCAUGAGAUUGCCCCAUGAUGUUGAAGGGCUUGGAAGCUGUGAGUACACGAUGGAAAGAGGAGUGGUGCAUGCAUGCCAUGCAGGAGGCGUGGUUCAUCAGCUACAAGGGUGGACCCAUCAUGAAGUUGGGGCAAUUGAUGUCGAUAGGAUCGAUCUUGUAUGGGAAGCAGCUAUGAAGCAUGGGUUAAGGCCAGUGUCAAGUGGCUAAACAAGCCCAAAAAAAA